UGAAUCUGGGCGGGUCCAAGUCUUUGGGCAGAAGCAAACCACGCAGCAGUGUUGGGGGCCCAAGAUUAAAUAUCUGAGAAAAUGGGACACCAACUAAGAUGGAUGUGGAGGAUGUGUUCGAUAUGGAAGGUGAUGAAGAGACAGAGGUCAAAGAGGAGAUGAGCGGAAAGGAAAACAACGAAUAUGAGAAGGAAGAGGAGAACCCGAUUGGAAUAGAAGACGAAGAGGAAGAUGGAGACGAAGAGGAGGAAGAAGAGGAAGAAGAGGAAGAAGGGGAAGAAGGGGACGACAUGGAAGAGGUUGGAAAGCGGGAAUUUGAUGAAGAGAACGCAGAUAGAACAAGGAAGCAGAAGACCAAAGACAAAUAGGUAAAGAAGGUUUUUAUAAAUACGAAAUUGCGGAAGCACCUUCUUCCAUUCUUGUGGGCCAUUUACCUCACAGUUGCCGGAGUGAAGCUGUACGUCCAGUUGAAGAACAAACCACACUACAAAUA